AUGAAAGAGGAUAGUAAUCUAAUUACAUUAUGGCCUGUUGGUGCUUAUCUAGUGGGGCAUAAAGAUAAUAUAAUUGAAACUCAAGCCAUUUUUAAAAGAGAUGAUUAUUACUCUGUUGGUAGUAAAAUCAUAUCUAGAAUUUAUGAAGACAAGAAGAGACCAAAGAUAAUAGUCUUAACUUCUACUUAUGUGAUGAUUUUGAAUAAGGAUCCCAAAUUAAAUAAGUGUCCUUUGAGAAUUUUUCUUAUUGCAACUGCACAAAAAUUACUAAAUGUGUUAAAUAAUGAUAAGAAUACUAUUUUUAACAUGAUAAUUAAUAAUUAG